AUGCAUUCCAGAAUGAUCGCGAGACGGAUCCAAUGUAGGAAGAAAUUUGCUGAUGCUGCCGAAGAAGCGAUCAAUAGCAAGGACAAGAGAGGGUUGCGAAACCGAGCUGAAGCGGCAGUCAAGCGUCAGUCGAGUGUAAAAGGCAAAGAGGUUCGAUGGGUUCGAAGACGGACCCAAAAUGGAAGACGCUCGAUUCGACGAGUGUGGUGUGGGAAAGGCCGAAUCGGCGGAUUGCAGCUGCAAGUGCAAAAGACGCACAAACAGAGGACAGCCGACUCGAAAAGAAAAGGGCAACUGGAUUGGACUAGGGCCGAAGGAGCUUGGACGGAUAAUUAG